GCGCCUGCGCGGCGGCGGGGCCGGGGGAGGGGAGGGGGGGAAGGUUCUGGAGGCCGCCGCCAUCUUAACGCCGCGUCCGGGCCGCCGCCGCCGCCGCCGCCAGCCCAGGGGGGGCCGCGCGUGACCUCACCGCUCGGCGCGUGACGUCAUCGCCGCCGCCGCCGUUUCAGGGAGAGCCCCGGACCCGCGCGAGCGCUCGGGGGGAGCCCCCCAGGCGGCCCGAGAUGGAGGCGGGGGGCUCGAACCCGCUGCAGGACCCGACGGACGCCAUGACGUCGGACGACUUCGACAUCGUCAUCGAGGCCAUGCUGGAGGCGCCCUACAAGAAGGAGGAGGCGCAGCCCGGCCCCUCCAAGGUGCAGCCGGAGACCCCCGCGGCGCAGCCGGCGGAGGAGACGAGCAAAGAGGCCAAGAAGGAGAGCGGGAGCAGCAGCGGGAGCAGCAGCAGGAAGAAGAGGAGCCGGAGCCGGAGCCGGAGCCGUGACCACAGACACAGCCGCAGCCGGGACCGGGAGCGGGAGCGUCGCCGCCGCAGCCGCAGCCGGGAGCGCCGGAGCCGCCACCGCAGCCGCAGCCGCGAGCGCCGGCGGGGAAGCCGCUCCCGCAGCCGGGAGCGUCGGCGGGAGGAGCGAGCCCGGCGCCGCUUCGGCCACAGCAAGAGCCCGCUGUACCGAGAGAAGAGCCCCGUGCGGGAGCCCCUGGGCAGCCUGAGCCCCGAGGAGCGCGACGCCCGCACCGUGUUCUGCAUGCAGCUGGCCGCCCGCAUCCGCCCCCGCGACCUCGAGGACUUCUUCUCCGCCGUGGGCAAGGUGCGGGACGUGCGCAUCAUCUCGGACCGCAACUCGCGCCGCUCCAAGGGCAUCGCCUACGUGGAGUUCUGCGAGAUCCAGUCGGUGCCGCUGGCCAUCGGCCUGACGGGCCAGCGCCUGCUCGGCGUCCCCAUCAUCGUCCAGGCCUCCCAGGCGGAGAAGAACCGGCUGGCGGCCAUGGCCAACAACCUGCAGAAGGGCAGCGGGGGGCCCAUGCGCCUCUACGUGGGCUCCCUCCACUGCAACAUCACCCAGGACAUGCUGCGCGGCAUCUUCGAGCCCUUCGGCAAGAUCGACAGCAUCGUCCUGAUGCGCGACCCCGACACCGGCCAAUCCAAGGGCUACGGCUUCAUCACGUUCACGGAGGCCGAGUGCGCGCGGCGGGCGCUGGAGCAGCUCAACGGCUUCGAGCUGGCCGGGCGCCCCAUGCGCGUGGGGCAGGUCACCGAGCGCCUCGACGGCACCACCGACAUCACCUUCCCCGAGGGCAGCGACGACGUCGAGCUGGUGGGAGCCACCGGCCGCCUCCAGCUCAUGGCCAAGCUGGCCGAAGGGUCGGGGCUGCAGCUGCCCAGCACGGCCCAGGCCGCCCUGCAGCUCAAUGGGGCGCUGCCCCUGGGGGCCCUCAACCCCGCCGCCCUCACCGCGCUGAGCCCGGCGCUGAACCUGGCCUCGCAGACGCUGGCCUCGCAGUGCCUGCAGCUCUCGGGGCUCUUCUCCCCCCAGACCAUGUAACACGGCCCCGCCCCCUGCCGGGGGGCCCCGCCCCCCUGUGCCCAGCCCCGCCCCCCCGAGCCCCGCUGUCUCCGCCCCCUGGCGGGGCGUUGGGGCGGGGCCCUGCGGGGCGGGGGGGCGGGGCCUGCGGCGGCCCCACCCCUUCCCCUCCCCUCCCCCCCGGCUCCGGGUUUUUUGGGGUUUUUUUUGUUUUGUUUUGUUUCUUCGGUUUUUUUUUCUUUUUUUUUUGUUGUUGUUUUUGUUUCUUUAUCGGAAGCGAAAUAAAAAACCAGAAAAACGGC